GCUUCCCCUUCCCUUCCACGACGCGACGCAAGCCCGGCCUGCCCCCGUACCCUAUAACCAAGGCGGCAUUGCAUUUGCAUUCCACCUACCUACAACGAAUUUGGCGGAGGAAGAAGCGGCAAGGCAAGGCAUGAAGGAGGCGGCGGCGGGGGUGUCCCCGUGCGCGGCGUGCAAGCUGCUGCGGCGGCGGUGCUCGCCGGGGUGCGUGUUCGCGCCAUACUUCCCGUCGGGGGAGCCGCACAGGUUCGCCAGCGUGCACAAGGUCUUCGGCGCCAGCAACAUCAGCAAGCUCCUCCAGGAGAUUCCGGCGGAGCACCGGGGCGACGCGGUGAGCAGCCUGGUGUACGAGGCGAACGCGCGCGUGCGCGACCCCAUCUACGGCUGCGUCGGCGCCAUCACGUCGCUGCAGCGGCAGGUGGAGUCGCUGCAGACCCAGCUCGCGCUGGCGCAGGCCGAGAUGGUCAGGCUCAGGAUGGCCAACGCCUACGGCGGCGGUGGGAGCAGCGCCAGCGGCUCGCCGUCCUCCAUGUCGUCGCCGACCAAGGCCACGCCGGACCAUCACCACAUGGCGGUCGACCAGCCCGGCGUGAUGGAGCUGGAGCUCGAGUGCUCCAGGUUCUGGUCCUUCUGAAGGCUGGACGACAAGCUAUUAUAUUACUUAGGCUGAUUUAGUCAGUGCGUGAUCAGGUGAUGGCUUGGUAUAUAUAGAAGUACCACUAGUAUUUAAAAGUAGCAUAAUAUGGUGACACCGGGAGGAAGGCGAAGGCAGAGGAGAGGCCCUUCCUUCUUCUCUCCUAUACUUAAUCCAGCAUUUCCAGGGAUUUUUGGCUGUGCUCCUGUUGAGAAGGUAGAAGAAACACUCAUUCCUACAUGCUACAGAUAUCUUGUGUGUGCUUUC